GAGCGGCGGCGGGAGGUGAAAUCCGGUUCUAACCGGUCCGAGGCUCCCAGCGCUAUAAAAACUUUAUAAACCCCCCGGAGCCCGAGCAGUGUGAAGAAGCAGCGAGAACGACCCCCGGACGGACCCGAGCCGCGCACCGCUGCAGCCCCGCGUUCAGCGCCAACGCUCCCCCCACGCCGCAGCCAUGCCCAAAAGAAAGGCUGAAGGGGAUACUAAAGGAGAUAAAGCCAAGGUGAAGGACGAGCCACAGAGAAGAUCGGCAAGGUUGUCUGCUAAACCUGCUCCUCCAAAGCCAGAGCCCAAGCCUAAAAAGGCCCCCGCAAAGAAGGGAGAGAAGGUACCCAAGGGGAAGAAGGGGAAGGCCGAUGCUGGUAAGGAUGCCAAUAAUCCUGCAGAGAAUGGAGACGCCAAAACAGACCAGGCACAAAAAGCUGAAGGUGCUGGAGACGCCAAGUGAAAUGUGUGCGUUUUUGAUAACUGUGUACUUCUGGUGACUGUACAGUUUGAAAUACUAUUUUUUAUCAAGUUUUAUAAAAAUGCAGAAUUUUGUUUUACUUUUUUUUUUUUAAAGCUAUGUUGUUAGCACACAGAACACUUCAUUGUUUUGGGUGGGGA